CAGCAAGCAAUUCACAAAACAUAUCAAAAUGAAAUUCGUUAUCGUUUUCGUUGCUCUCUUCGCUUUGGCUUAUGCUGCCCCAGCUGCCCCUGAAGUGGAGAUUCUGGAGUUGAAAUCUGAUGUUGAACCAGAGCAAUACAGCUACUCCCUGAAGACCAGCGACGGUACAGCAAAGCAAGAAGAUGGUCAAUUGGUUAACGCUGGUGCCGAGGAUGAACACAUUGUCGCCCGUGGCUCUUACUCCUUCGUUGCUGAUGAUGGUCAGACCUACACUGUCAACUACAUCGCUGAUGAGAACGGUUUCCAACCACAAGGUGCUCAUUUGCCAGUCGCCCCUGUGGCUUAAGUCGGCAUUUGUUAUUUGAGUGUGAUUUUGUGGAAUAAUUGUUAGCUUAAGUGUGUGGAAAUAUGUUA